UGGGUGGAGGAUCUUGGCACUCAAGCUCACUUCCAUCUACAGCGCUCACUUCGUUUCAAAGUUUCUGCAGCCACAGACGUAGUUCACUGCCUUCAAAACAAGUUAUUCUCGAACUGAGUUAACAGCUUCUCGCCACAGAGGAUCUCCUGACAGAGAUGGCCGACAAGGUGCUCGCAGAUGUCCGAAUUGAGUUAAAGAAAGGUUUGUCGCUGACUGUGAUCAAGCAGCUCUUGGACGAUCUGACAAAUAAAAGAGUAUUAAAUGAAGAAGAAGCUGAAACCAUCCUGGAGUCGAAUGCAGCGCGAGCUGAUAAAGCUCGUGAUCUAAUCGACAGUGUUAAGAAGAAAGGGUGUGUGGCCAGUGAAAUCAUGAUAGCAAAACUAAAAGUCUAUGAUGAACAUCUUUACAAUAAGCUGGAACUGGGUAAGCUUCUGCAGCCAGCUUGUGAGGAACCUGCACCUGGAGGUCCUGCUAAUCAGCCAAUUACUGUCUCAGAUAAAAGCAAUGAUAAGGAAUAUCCAAUGACCAGUAAACCACGUGGUUACUGUGUAAUCAUCAACAACAUGAACUUUAAAAAUAAUAAACGGAACCGAGAAGGAUCCAACUAUGAUGCAGCUGCUUUGGAGAAAGUGUUUAAGUUUCUGGGUUUUGAUGUUCAAAUUUAUACUGAUCAGAAAGCAGAGGCGAUGAAGAAGCUUCUGCUAGACUUCAGCAAGAAAGAACAUGGAGAUUGCUUUGUCUGCUGUGUGCUCAGUCAUGGAGAGAAGAAAGGUGUGAUUGGGACAGACCAGAAACUGUGUCCAAUGAAGGACAUCCUGUCUCCGUUUGAUGGGAAAAACUGCUCUACUCUGGCCGGCAAGCCCAAGGUGUUCUUCAUCCAGGCAUGCAGAGGCAAAAACAGGGAGGAGAAGGUUGUGGUCUCUGUGGAUGAUUGUCAUGAGAGGGACGUCGACUUGGCGUCUGACACUCUAGAAGAAACUUAUAGCAUCCCCAAAAACUCUGAUUUCCUGGUCGCCAUGUCCACAGUGGAGGACUAUGUCUCCUAUCGAACUGCUAAUGGCUCAUGGUUCAUUCAAGCACUCUGCGCACAAUUAGAAGAAGGAAGUAAAAGCGGUGAUGACAUCCUUACAAUCCUCACCAAAGUGAAUGAAGAGGUCAGCAGGAUGGAGGGGGAUGAGAUAGUGAAUGAAACAACCUGUGAUGCUAAGAUGACCCCAGAGCCCCGCUUCACCCUCACAAAGAAGCUGAUUUUCAAAAUUCCCUGAAAUGUUGGCUUGUUGAAAACAUCUCAAGAGGCGCAGAUUUACCCAAAUGAAACGGAUUACACUCGUGUGACUUUGUUUGUUUGUUCAUUUUUUUUCUUAAUAACAAAACUGAACAGUCAUUUAUGUUUUUCCAUUUUUGUGCUUCUUAUUUUCAUUCUCAUGGUUUCAAUGCAACCUCAAAACUUUAUAUUUUUCUUUUUUUCUUGCCAUUUAAUCCUAAAAAAAUCAGAUAGAUCCUUUAGUUUGUAUCAUGGUCAAAAACUACAAUAAAUAAAACCUUGUUUAUUAAAUUGAGUGAGUUUGAUGAUGAUGAUGCUGCUGCACAGACUUGAAGAGUCUGUCAUUCAAUCAUAGCUUCUCCUGCUUUUACCCUUUUCCUAUCUUAUCCUUAUAUUAAUGGUCAAACCUUAUUCUCAUUCUCCCAUUUUGUUCUUGUGUUGUUUUUUUGUCAAAAAGAGGUGAAUGGGUUCUGUUUUUUGAGACUUGGUUCCUCUCAAGGUUUCUUUCUUUUGCUGUUAGGGAGUUUUUCCUUGCCAUUGUCGCCAUUAGUGACGCUCAUGGAGGCUUGGACCUGGAUUUUUCUCUCAAGCUGUACACUUCCUGUUGUUAAAAGCACUGUAUAAAUAAAGUUUGACAUGCCUUGGCUUGAGUUUGGA